UCUGAUAUAUGAUUCUACAUCUUGCAGCGACCACGAUAGCUCUUGUGCGAAGACGUCCAUUGACUUCUGACCUGCCUCUCUUUGGCAUUUCCUUCUCUCAGCGACCAUCGAAUGACAAUGUCUUCAGCGCUCGGUUCUGCGGACACAGUCCUUGUGUAUAUGCGUUUUGAUACAUCAUGGAAGUUCCGAGGAUCUCCGAGGAUCUUCCACCCGGCGCAUCGAAGCUUUCAGAGCAGCGAUCGUUAGUGAUCGCGACCACAGUUAUAGCCGUAGUGUUCAUCGUGUUGCGGUUGUGGGCACACGCUCGACCGGCAUGGAUUAUUUGGUGGGACGAUGUGCUUGUUGCCGCCUCGCUGCCUGUCAUGAUCACAUUGUGCGUUACAGGAGUACUCAGCUUCGAAUAUGGAAGCGGAACUCGCACCAACUACCUUACAGUGGACCAAUUCGUCAAGGCUACCAAGCUCCAGGUGAUUAGUACGUGGCUUUGGAUUUGGACGAUUUCUUUCCUAAGAAUGUCUAUCGCCUUCACGAUACUACGGGUGAAAAACACCGGCUGGUGGCGCGUUGGGCUGUAUGGAGUCAUCCUCUUUCAACUGGCGCUGGCACUGGCAAACAUCUUCUGGGACAUUGGCCAUUGCAAACCCCUAGAGAGUCUUUGGGAUCCACGCAUCACGGGAAAACCCUGUCUCACUGGGAAUAUGGCGUUCAGAAAGAUCGCGACUUUUUCCUCUAUCCAUGUCGUCCUUGACAUCGGGCUUUCCCUUAUACCUAUCAUAUUUAUCCGCAAAAUCCAUCGAGGACGCUACGAAAAGUCCUUGCUUGGUUGCCUAAUGGGCUUAGGACUGAUCACGUCAGCGUUUGCCAUCACAAAACUUGUCGUCGCAAGUUAUGCAGAGGAUGCCGAAGAUACCAAGUUUGAGGAAUAUAAAUGGGCAAUCUGGACAUGGCUGGAGAUGAUGAUGACAACCAUCGCGGCCUGUUCUCCCUUCCUCAAACCGCCAGUCGAACGCUUGUUACGCAAAUGGGAUUUGAUCUCCACUCCUGAUCAUGAGACUGCGGAGGGGAUCGCGUCCCAGGUGCAGCAGGCGCAGCAACAGAAUCAGCAAGGCGAAACCGGAGAUGUCGAACAAGGCCGCACCGAGCCAAACAUGGCGGGGACGGCAACAAGAGAAACCGAGCCGACUGAAGGUUCCGAAACUCGGGAGAGUUGGGGGAGUGGGAAGAGUCGCCAACCGCUACUGGGUCGUUCCGAGGGCCGUUUUCCGUCGAACGAAAUGAUCAAUGAAAAAAUAGAGCCGUAAGGCUUAUAUGAGGUGGCAUUUAUAGAG